UGGCUCGUUCCACUCGAUCAGCCUUCAUCGCAUCUUCAUCCAUUCUUACAUCAAUUGGUAUCCCAAGCUAAAGAGUCUGCGUAUAGAAUCUAGCUAGCGAUCCACGAUGAAGCUCUCAUCCUUCUCUCUUCUCCCCUUGGCCCUUCUACCGUCUAUCAACGCCUCCUUCGCCACCGACAUCUUUAGCUAUGCCAAUUCUUUGGUAUCUUCGCAAUCGGGAGAAGAGGCCAGAAUGCAUUCGCAGAUGAGCAAGGAUGGGCCGAUUAGUAUCAUGGAUUCCUGGACAUGGACAAAUUGCGGGACAGCAGCGGAUGUAGUCCAAUUGAAGAGCAUUAAAGUCUCACCUGAUCCUCCUGUUCCCGGAAAGAACUUGACAGUGACUGUCGAUGCCGAAGUCCUCCAAGUCAUCGAGGACGGAGCCUAUGUCGAUGUGACGGUCAAGUUGGGUCUCAUCAAAUUACUACAGAAGGAAUUCGAUGUCUGUGAAGAAGCCAAGAACGCCAACGCGACUGUCCAAUGUCCAGUCCAAAAGGGACCGUACUCCGUAUCGCAAACUGUCGAACUGCCUAAAGAGAUCCCUAAAGCCAAAUUCUCCGUCGCCGUUCGAGGCUUCACUGUCGAUGAUGAGGAUAUGGUCUGUCUCGAUCUCCUCGUUGACUUUAUGAAGCGUCCUGGUAGCGUUUAGAUGGUAUUGUGAGGUAUAUCAUCAACGUGUCCGACUACGACUGGAGCGACUCGGAUUCACUGAAGAACGGUUCUCAUAGCAUUGAAUAGGAAGGAUAUUUCGCAUGUAUGACAAUGGCAUUAGGCAUUAAGAGUGUCAGACGCGA